UGCGUCUUUAUGAGGCGAAGAAGGGGGAGUCAAGACAAGCUUGAAGUUUAAAAAGUAACAUUGUCCAAAGUCCUAACAGCAGACCUUUGGCUCGAAAAGUCAACAUGGCGCCGGGUUGUUGAAAUCCACAUGUCUAUCCACAUGUCUCCGCUUCAGCUGUCCGUCUUCUGGCGUUUGUCGCUUGCCUUCUUCUUCAACGCAUUCCUCUUCUUCCUCGACAUUUUCAUUGCCACUUUGGAUGGGGAGAACUGUCAGCAUAGCAAUGGCACAAGCGACUCUGGAACCAACCCGCAAAACCAAUCAGAACGCAAGGAACCUUUGGAAGAGGAAUUUGUUUGGAUGACUAAAAUCUACAGGCGAGACUCAGUGUGUGGCCAGACCCCAUGGUUGUCCUACGGCCGAAUCGUCUUCAUGGUGGGUAUGCUGCUUGGAUCGCUGGUGGGCGGAGCACUGUCUGACAGGUACGGGAAGCGUCCAGUGUUGCUGUUUUUCGUGUGUGUGCAGCCUCUGUGUGGCCUUUUGCCAGCUGUUUUCCCUCAGCCAACCCUGUUCCUCGCUGUUCGUUGCUUGACAGGCGUGUGCUGCUGCUGUAUCAACAAUUGCUCCGUCUCUCUGGCUGUGGAGUGGACCGCCCCCUCCGCCCGCCUCUGGUCGCCCGUCUUUUUGGGCUUCUGCUUCAGUCUCGGGACAAUGGCCGGAGCUCUGUUGGCCUGGCUUAGUCCCACUUGGAUACAGCUUCACCUGUCUCUCUCGCUGCCCCAUUUCAUCUGCCUGCCGCUCUUCCGUUCACUUCCGGAGUCCCCGCGCUGGUUGGUGCUAAUGGGGAGGACGGAUGUUCUGUACCGCUACUGUCGUGGAAGUGCUGCCAACAAGCAGUGUGUGGACAUGAUUCUGGGCGUAGACUUGCUUGAGAAGCAGAGCGCCGCUCAGACAGCCCAAUCUCCAAGUGACCUCCUGCCCUUCAAACAUCCAACUGUCUUGCUGCGUCUGUCAAUCAUGGGCUAUCUAGGCGCUGCGACUGCGCUGACUUACUAUGGCAUCUGUAUGAACAUUGGCUCCUUCGGCGUGAACAUCUACUCGGCCCAGUUCUUCUCGGGACUUUCAGAGGCUCCCUCUCUGCUCAUCCCGCUGGUUCGCCUAGAUCGGCGUCCCUUCAGCAUGUUGACUCUGUGCCUGAGCGGAAGUGCCUGCUUAGUGUCUUUGCUGCUGUCCAGAUACCAAUGUGACGCAAUGCUCGUGAUGAGUUUGGCACUGCUGGGCAAAUUCAGCAUUCUAGCCACAAUCUUCAUUUUGUCUCUGUACAGCAUUGAGCUGUUUCCCACAGUGGUCAGGCAGCGUUGCAUGGCGGUGGUUGAUUUGUGUUACCGCCUCGGCUGUCUGUUUAGCACUCUGUUCCCACCCAACCCCGAAGGAGCCAUCCCACUGGCCGCCAUGCUCAUCUACAGCAGCGGGCCUAUCAUAGGCUGCGGAUUGUGUCUACUGCUUCCCGAGACUAGCGGCACCCUGCUCCCUGACUCUCUGGACGACUGUCUCAGGCCAACUCAACACUCCCAUGAAUCAAGGAAGCUGCAAACCCAGAUGGCUGUCGUUGGCGCAACAGAGUGAAGGCAAACGCACAACAUCUCUCAGGCAGCGUGAAACAGCUGUGUUUCCUUUUUCAUGAGCCGCUUUUAUUUUUAUCUGUACUGUGCCAAUUUGUCACGCAACAUUAUUUUAUUUGGUUAUGAACCAACUCACAUGGCUGGUGAAUAGUCGUAUUUGUCACAGAGUUAAAGGGAUACAAAUCAUUCAAGAUUUCAAGUGGAACAGGCAGUUUGCUCCACUGCUGUGAAACUUGCACAAGCACACUUUCACCUUUCUUAUAUUGAGCAAGUAAGCUCUUAACAUGAAUCACUUAGAAAAAGCUUCUUCAAUACAAAAUUGAUUUUAUUUUAAAGAUGCUAAGAAAAAAAUUAAAAGCAGCUGAAGCGAAAUAAUUUGGGAUUAACGAAUAGCUGGUCAAUCGACCAGUGAAGAAGUUAUGUACAAGUAUGCCAAACGGUUUGAGCAUUAGUUCCAAAUCCAUGUAUCAGCACGCUUAGUCUUUACACAAAAGACAAUGUUGUAAUCAAUACUAGUAAGAGAGUCAUUCUACUAGUGGGAUGAACUGCGAGAAAAAUGAGUGUAACGGUACAGCGGACUGUUAAGAACAUAUACGUAAAUGUUCAAACAGCUUGCUGUAGUUCCUGAGCCAACAUGCAGCUACUUUCCUCCAGUAACCCUGGUAACCAAGUGGCAGCGGUCAAUAAGUCACAUAGUUUGCAGGAAAGAUGCCCUUUCGACCACCCAAUUGCCCCUCCCACCAGUCGUACUGGUUCUCGGUCUUGGUGAUGAUGGUGAUGCGGUCGCCAGGAUUGAAGCUCAGGUCACCGGGCUCUUGGCCAGCAUAUGCGUGGACUGCAGUGACCACCAGGGGUUCACUGGCUCCUUAUGGAUAGAAUGUUUGUAUUAUUAUCAUCAUCAUAAUAAAUGUCAGGAUACUUCCAGGUCGACUGACACAAUGUAUCGUUUGGGGUUGGGCAGCCAAAUAAAAGUUUAGUUUUUUUUUUUUUUUCAAA